AUGGCUACGGAAUUGUUACUCGGUGUCAGAUUAAUUCCUGGAUUGUCAAAAGUUUUAAAAAUAAAUGACAUUAAUUUACAAGCUAAAGUUGAAAAUUUGCGAAUGGAAACUGCUUCUAAAAUUGAGCUUCCUAAAGAUUCAUUUGAGCUCAUAUACUGCGGCUGCAUACUUGAGGAUGACGUUACCCUAGAGUCAUGUGGUCUGAAAAAUGGAUCGAUGGUUCACGUGCUGAAGAAAAAGGCUUCAGAAUUACCCGUACCAGCAAAGUCUAUUCCUGAGGAAAGUAUCUUGCAAUUGGCAUCUGCUUUCAGGUCAUUCAAUGAGAAUCCAGCGUUGAAAAGUGCAUUGCAUCGUUUGAGCAAACGGCCAGAAGUUAUUGAAAAUAUUAUUUUAACAACUCCUGGACUCAGUGAAGACUCGGUAGCAAUAGCAAUGCUUCAAGAUCCUGAUCUUAUGGCCCACUUUACUCACUCUGACACUGUUAAAAGAAUUGCAGAGUUACACCCAUUGUUAAUUGAAGCGGCGCAAAUGAUAGCAGCAGCAGUUCACGAGGAAGCGCACAAUGCAGCGGCGACAGCUGGACCCUCGUCAUCAGCGAUGAACGCGGCAUCAACCGCGUACUCCUACAGCCUGGACAAUAUGAGCGACGACGAGAUGGCGGGCGACUCAUCUCAAUCGUCAGAUUCAGCGCAUCAUCAAAAUGGGUCAUCGCGUACCGGCGCAAUGGCAAUUACAACCGCGCAAUUAGCCGCAGCUCUGGCACGAGCCGGUGCUGGUACUCAAUCGGCUCCACCCCCCUCAAGCUCCUCGUCCUCGGCAUCAACCGGAAGCUUCAAUUCUGGAAUCAUAACUACGGAAAUGUUUACCCAAGCGAUGCAACAAGCCUUCGCUGUGAGCUCUGGUGGAGCACAGGCAGCCUCUCCAGCUUUGCAAUCAGCUUCUGCUAAUCCAGCGACAUCUGCUCCAGGAGCAGCAGCACCUGGAAGUAAUCUCGAAAGACAGCUCGCUCAAAUGCACGAAAUCGGGCUUCAAAAUGAUACUAUUAAUGUUCAAGCUCUUGAAUUUACCAAUGGCGAUGUACAGGCCGCUAUUGAACUUGUCUUUAGUGGUCUAGGUGAUAAUUAA